AUGGUGAUUUAUUCCAUCCUCCUUGCCGAUUUGAAAGUUGGGCGCUAUUCCAACACCACCGAGUUUCACUUGCUAAGGUUUUGGGAGGCCAGAAGUGUGAGGAAAGGCGGUGAGCUCAUGAGUCUAGACAUGAUCCUCAUCGACAAGAAUUCGACGGUUAUUCAAGAUUCUGUUAAUGCAAACCGUCAAUUCAUGUUCAGGCAACGUCUCAGCGAAAGGUCAGUCUACAGGUUGAGCGGGUUCGAUGUAAUGCGUAGCAGCUCCAAUUUCCGGUGGAUGCCCCUUUUUCCAUUCGGUUCAAUAAUGAAGCCUCUUUAG